UCUGAUGUGCAGAGUCAGUAAAUUUUACACUAAUAUACACUAACAGCAGCAAGAAAAAAAAGGGAGGAGACUUAAAUGGGCUCUCCAAAGGAGAUAAUGAAUGCGGCAUUAUAUGAUCAAGAUCAAGAAAUGGAUAGCUUAAGAAGCAAGUUAUUUAGGUCCGCCAUGAGAGGCGAAUGGGGACAAGUGGUUGAAAUCUACACAACCAACCCAAAAGCAUACGCUGCACAAAUCACAAAAUCCGGCGACACUGCAUUACACUUAGCAGUACGCGACGGUCAAGAAGACACGGUGGCGGAGCUAGUGGAAGUCAUGUCCGGUCACCUGAAAGAAGCCAGAGAGGCACUGAAUGUUGUGAAUGAUAAUAAGAACACCGCUCUUCAUGUUGCUGCGGCGGUGAGGAAUGCUCGGAUGUGCUAUUGCUUAGCUAAUUUGGAUCCGGAUUUGGUGGGUGUUUGUAACGAGGAUAUGGAGACGCCGUUCUUUUGGGCGGCGGUGUUUGGGGAAAAGGAUGUGUUUCUGUGUCUUCAUAGCAUUUGUGGGCAUGAGCUUGGCCGGAAAUAUUAUAGGAAGGCUGACGGUGAUACUAUUCUUCAUGUGGCUAUCAAAGGGGAGUAUUUUGAUUUAGCAUAUCAGAUAAUAUUUCUGUAUGAAGAACUGGUUAAUAGUCGGAAUGAAGAAGGAAUAACCCCUCUCCAUCUCUUGGCAAAUAAGCCUAGUGCUUUUCAAAGCUGUACAUACCUUGGAGGCUACAACAAAUUCAUAUAUCCUUGUAUAUUUGUUGAUGAGCUUAAGGUGGACCAAAUGAUUGAUCAACCAUGGGUGGAUACAAUAUUAUCCAACAAAAAUAACAAGCAUGCAGCUUAUCCAGAGAAUUAUGAAACGUGUCUGAAUAUCCUUUGGUUGCCAAAGAAAUUUGUGAAAUUUGUUUCAACUGGGAAGUGGCAGUGGUGGCAUAGAGAUUUAGAGUUAGAAGGAGAUACAGAGAGCCAACAAGGAAAAAAGUCAAAAAAGAAAGGUGCUAUAAGAAGGCGAUCACUUCCUUCAAAUUACUACACAUGCUUCGACAUCUUAAAGUUCGCGUCCAAGGCAAUGCUAGUGAUACUGGGCUUGGGGUCAAUGGAGAUAAAGAAGCUGGAGAAGAAGAAAGAGAAGCACACCUGGUCAGUCCAAAUCAUGGACGAGCUUCUUCAACGAGCUGUUAUGUAUGAGUACGAGUGCACCGGAGGAGGAAAGAGCCCGCAGCUAGUAACCUCGUUUGAAGAAUUGCCCAAUCCACAUACCACAGAAACACAUGGUGCUGAUAGCAAAACAAGCAUCAACGCAAAAGAAAAUAAGAGUAAGGAUUUUAAAGAUGAAUCGGUCAUACUAAUUGCAGCAAAGAAUGGAAUCACAGAAAUGGUGGAGAAAAUAUUAGAUAUAUACCCAGUAGCAAUUCAUGAUAUGAACUCAGAGAAGAAGAACAUCGUGCUAUUGGCAGUAGAAAACAGGCAACCCCAUGUUUAUGAACUUCUAUGGAAGAGAGAAGUUAUGAGAGCCAGCAUUUUUCGCAAGGUUGACGACAAUUGGAAUAGCGCACUGCACCUUGCUGCCAUGCUCGGCGACUCCAAGCCCUGGCGUAUCCCAGGCGCUGCUUUGCAAAUGCAGUGGGAGUUCAAGUGGUACCAGUACGUCAAGAACUCAAUGCCACACCAAUUUUUUGCGCCUCGCAACAAGAACAACGAGACCCCGAAGGACAUAUUCUCCAUAACACACCAAGAACUCGUUAGGAGCGGAGGAGAAUGGCUAACACACACCUCCGAGUCAUGCUCAGUGGUGGCUGCACUCAUCGCCACAGUUGCCUUUGCCACAUCAGCCACCGUCCCCGGCGGAGUCAACCAGGAAAACGGCGAGCCAACGCUCGAAAGCCACCCCGCAUUCAACAUAUUCGCUAUAUCAUCUCUUGUAGCUCUGUGCUUCUCGGUGACGGCGGUGGUGAUGUUUCUUUCGAUUCUUACUUCGCGGUACCAAGAAAAGGAUUUUGAGAGCGAUUUGCCGACGAAGUUGUUGGUGGGUUUAUCGUCGUUGUUUGUGUCGAUCGCUGCUAUUUUGGUGUCGUUUUGUGCUGGGCAUUUUUUUGUGCUUAGAGACGAGUUAAAGGUGGCUGCAUUGCCUGUUUAUGCUGUGACAUGUCUGCCAGUGACAUUAUUUGCAAUAGCUCAGUUUCCUCUGUAUUUUGAUCUUCUGUGGGCUACUUUUAAGAAGGUGCCACAACGUAGUUACAUUGUACUGAGUUAGUUUCGGAUAAAUUUCACUUGGUUUCAGAUCAGAUUGUUUCUGUGUUGUAUUUGUAUGGCCGUUGUGAUUAAAAUUUAUAAUAUAGUAUGCGGUUUACAAUC